CAGGAAGGCAAGCUUGAAAGAAAAUGCAUCUCUUGAAAGAAAGGGUGAAGAAUUGAAAGUUGAACUGAAGAAAUAUCGAAAGCUGGACGGCUACCUAAAAACAGCAGAAAAGCUGCUCAAGCACUUGCACUGCCAGACCUGCGGCAAGAACCUUGUGCUACAGGAGUACGAGGUCGCAAGUGACACCGAGAAACGCGAGACCCCAUGUCAUGACGGGCUUGGUGCAGGUGCUGCGAAAGGGGAGGUGACGGCUUCAUCCUCUGGACUGCAUCUUGCUGUUCCUGGGAGUUCUGGAGCAAUCUGUAGAGCAACUCUCGAGAACACGAGGGCCUUCCCUGCCCACUGUAACAUUCAGCGUGUUUCCCCCGCGGAAAGGAACAUUGAGCAGCCAGCUACAAGAGCCCCACAAGCGAGGAGCGCUGCACGUGGACCCAGCAAGGAGGCCGAACAUACUCCGGCUGCUUUCGGUCGUCCAGCCUCCAUGCAACUGCUCAGUCAGAGUGUUCCCCCCGUGGAAAGGAGCAGUGAGCAGCCAGCUACAAGAGCCCCACAAGCGAGGAGUGCUGCACGUGGACCCAGCAGGGCGGCCGAACAUGCUUCUGCUGCUUUCUAUGGUCCGGCCUCGACUCAACUGCUCUACAGCUGGAGUGAUACCAAUGUUGUCGAGCUACAGCCAGGCUCCUCAAUCUUCGUCGAGCAAGGUUCACUGUGGAACAUCGAGACAACAUGCAAGACGGCGACAGCCACUGCCCGUAGCCUGCUGACCGCUGUAUACACGCAGCAGGCACUGCUGGUUUGUUCUGUCAAGGGAAACAAGGCAAAGGGCAUGCACAGACCCUCCGAGCAACGGCCGCCGCUCCAUUUUGGUGGGAUUGCUGCCAUAUUGGCGUACACAAAGGAUGUCGCACAGAAGAAAGGAUGGGAAUAUUCUGAAAAGGUCAUUCUUCUUUCAAUGGGGACGAAACUAUCAGAACUAAGGUCAGAGAUGAAGAAGCAGCAACAAGUGUCGCCUGGUCUUGACGAAGUUUCCACUGGUGAAUGAAUAACUGCCGCAACUCCCUACUUUCAGCUACAGCAGUACCGCGGUAAGCUAUUAGGUCAUCUCACUUGUGGAAUUUUCCAUGGAUGCUGUAUGUUGCACCAGUGCCCCAACGACAUAUUUUAACAGCAGUGCUGUACUCUUAAAAAAAAAAAAACACAUACCAGCAAAUCUGUUUUAGCCCUUCUUUUAACUUUUUAUUUUAUGUUGCAAACUGCAGUUUUAGAAGAGCCAUUGUUGAAGUGAAGCGAUGGAGGUACUUGAAAAAAAAAUUAGGUGAAUUCUAGUGUUUCUAUGCCGUGAACCCAAAUGCCAUAACCAUUUACUGCACAAGUAUUGUUAAAUGCGAGAAAAUAUAAGCAUUCAUUGUUGCCACGUCAUUGCGGAGCUUUAGCUGCGUGCCCAAGGCUAGGGAGACGGGGCGUCGGCCCCAGUUUGGAAGUGGUUUUAUUAGGGCUGGGCGUCGAUUAAGAGUUUUAAACCGGUUAAUCGACACCUUUAUUCGAUUAACUAAUAUAUUAAUCGGCCUCGUUAAUUUCCAUGCAUAAUAUUUUUAAAAAGUCAAAAUGUUUUAUUUGUUUUCUGUUUCUGCCUUUGCUGAACAUGAGGUAAAGGGCCUACUAGACAAGUUUCAUUAUGAAUCAACUUUCAUGUGGUUAAGAACAGUUCGGAGGCACUCGCACGUCAUUACUCCAGUGGCAUGAGGUAAAAAGUUCGCUGAUGUUAUCCGGCAAGAGCGACCUCAUUUGAUUGUUCACACUAUAGUCUCUCUCUGCUGCGCUAAACGGGCACUGAAAUGCUAUUGAAGUGGUCGGGAGACGUGUAACACUCUGCACCUUGUCAGUUAGGCUAAAUUUUGACAUAAAGUUUGCCCUUCAUAGACGUGUUCUCGUCCACGUUUGCGUGGUGAAAGCGUUUACUUUUUGCUUUAUUUUGGUUCGUUAAAAUAUUACCGAAUAACGGGUUAAAAAUUAUUCGCGAUUAAAGUAUUAAUCGAUUAAUCGAUAGGGUAAUCGAUCAAAUGCCCACCCCCAGGUUUUAUGGCUCCACAGCACGUCGGAUUGAGCCAUAAUUGUGGUAUCUGUUAUUUUAAAGGCCAAAUGAACACAUUCAAGUGUUUCUCCAAUAUACAAUUGCCCCAUGUUCCCUUAAAAGCUGAUUAAUAAAAUUUGUGAGAAGGCAACAAGCCUUCAUAUAUUAAUUGCUAAAAUUUUGCCUUUCAUAGCCUGGUAAAAAAAAAAUUGAGAGAGAUCAAGAAGUUGCACCGAUAAUGAUGCACAGGAGAGCGGCGUGGUCGUUUCGGUAUCAGGCCACUAUCUCAGCAGCGUGUAUGCGCCAGUGUCACACUCCCAAGGUAGUAAGGUCGGACCGAAAUGACUACUGUAAACGAUUUAAUUUUAGCGAGAACCUAAUUUUCGCGAAUCACCUACAAUUCGUGAAAAAUAGGUCCCGUGAACAAUUCCCCUAAAAUGUAAACACAUUGGAAUUUAUAUUGAAAUUCCACCGCUUCGCAAAAAGUUAGAACCCGCAAUUAUUCUAAAACUUCAGCUUUCACCUAAAUCGGAAAAUAUUGAGCCUGCGAAAAAUAAAUCGUUUACAGUAUGUCGCUCUUUUAUGCACCAUUAUCCGCACAACUUCCUGCAUCCAUUGCAGUGCUUGAUUCGUAAGCGAGGCAACAAAAAGGAAUAAUUUCAACUAUGAAUAUCUGAAAGUCCAUUGCGUUUGCGAAUUGUUUCAAUUAGGUUAGACAUUAAUGAUGGCUCUUUAAAGGGAAGAUGGG